ACUGAGACAGGACUUUGAACGUUGCACCACACUGUAAUUGUCUCAAAUUUGGAAAAUAAAUAAAAUUAUUAAAUUAUUAUGCGCACACUGCUGCUAAGUAAAUCGGAUGAGCUCUAUCUGGAAAAAUGCGCACAAGAGCACAAAUUCUCAUAUGGCAUCAUCAUUGGUCACCAAGCUGAUUUGAGCAAAAGCAUUGUGGUUCACUUGGCCAGGAACAAUGAGGAAGAUGCCGAUCUGGAGGACCUGACCGAUGUCCGUCUGACCAUUGAUGACAUUAACUCACAGGCCUUGGCUUCGCAGUGGCUAAGUGCCAGCAAAAUGUGCCCCGGCUCCUUCGAUGUAAUAGGAAUCUUUGUUUCCUCUGUGCGCACGGAGGUGGCCAAUGAACAAAGUGACGAAUUUAAAAAUGCCAAAAAGUUGUUCUCCGAUGUCUAUGAUUUGCUAUUGAAGAGCAACAGUUCCAUUGGUGUCUAUACGACAGAUGUGGCACAGACUGACUAUGUAUUUUUAUCCUAUUCGCUGGGCGAUAAGAAGUUAUUGUGCAAAAACUAUAGCUAUGGCAACGGUGGCACAUUUUCCACCAUGGAAUAUCGUUUUGUGGAGAAACCAUUCGAAUGGAUACAAUUGGAGUCUAGUUAUGACCUAGACGAUGUUAUACCCAUAAGAGAUGCAGCCCGCCGUAUAAAUAUUGAAGAUCAAUUCCAAAAUAUAAUUGUGACAGUGCGUAAAAAUCUCAUAGCCAGUGAAGUGUUCCUGCAGAAUGAGAUUGUCGAUGACACGCUCGAUUUGCAGGCGUAUAUUAAAAAGAAAAAGCCAAAGGAUAAUAAAUCCAAUAACAAAGCGUCGGGAACAACAGAACGGAAUCCAACAACAAAUAGUGGUCCAAAUAGUGCACGUUCAUCCAGUGCGACGUUGCAAUUAGGCCUAAGUCCAAAUGAGACGACGACGACGCCGGCAGCAACAGACGAUAUUCUGCGGGCCAGCAUAGUGCUGCCGGUCAAAUGUCAAUUGAGUAAACCGAGUGACAUCAAAGUACAGGAAUUUAAUGGAACUCUACGGCUCAAUGGCAUCAUUUCAAGUCGCAUUUAUUGCAGUCCACGCAAUAGUUUAGCUGAUGUGAAGCGUUUUUUACGCGACGAUGUACUCAGGUCGUUGAUAACACGCAUACAAGUGUAUUGCGAUGGCCUUACCGAUCCCCAUGUGACCAAUGAGGCAGUCUAUAUAAGCGAACCACCACGUAGGGUGUUCUUUAGUCUGCCAGCAGCUGAAGUUGGCCAGAGCAGCGCCGGCAGCAGCAACAACAUCAACACUGUGCAAUUCUCUGAAUAUCUAUUUAGAGGCGAGGCUCCCACCGUUGUGGUGGCCCAGGCGAAACAGAUACUCGACAUUGAACUCGAUCCGGAAACAAUAUUAGUAGAUGCCGAAGGUCUACCAGAUGAUAGUGGCAGUCAUGAUGUAUCCGAUCAAUUGGAUGAUGGCCACAAUGUAAUGCCCAGUUCAAUGCCAAAACGUGAACUGUCGCGCAGUCUCUAUAUGGUGGGAAUUGCAGUGGCCUUGUUAAUACUAUUGGCUUCCGUGGCGGUUCACUAUGCGUUGAGUGAUUCCAAAUAGGAUUUGGAUUUGUUAAUCAUAUAAUAAUGAUCAUUAUAAUGAUGAUGAUGGUUGGUUCUGUUUCGUCUGUCUGUCUAACCUACUUACGUAAAUCUUUAUAUGGAAAUGUUUUAGAUAUAUAAACAUAUAUAUAUACAUCUUUUUUUUUGUAUUUGUGCAAUCGUGCACUCACCUCUCUCUUGUGAUCGUUUGUUUUUUAUAUAAACAAUUGUAUCUAUGUGCGAGUGCGUGUGUGUGUGUGUGUGUGUAUGUACUCGUAGAAGUAGUAAAAAAAAAAAAAAUGAAAAGUAAGAAAAAUAUUGUAAAAAGGUCACGUUAAAUAGUUAUAGAUGAUUAUGAUGAUAGUGAUGGAUAUGGAUGCCUGAAAUAUGCAGCAUUUAACACACACAUACACACACAUAUAUAUAUAUAUACACGCAUACA